AUGCCGGAGCAAGUCGCGUCCCAGCUGGGAAGCACCCGGUUCCUUCGCCUCCGAGGCGUGCCAUUUCAGGCAGAGCUCCACGAGGUGGUGGACUUUUUGUCUGAGUUCAGCAUCCCCCAGGAGAGUGUCGUCUUCGGACGACGUCCUGAUGGUCGCAUCACUGGCGAGGCCUACGUCAUGUUCCGCAGCAUCGAAGAGGCAGAGCACGCACUGAACUCCCUUCAGAACAGAGAAAUCCAGGGUCGGUACAUCGAGCUCUUCCGCUCCACCGAGGAAGACUUCCACAGAAUGUCUGGCUUGAAAGCCACUGCACCACAAACUGCCGAAAUGGGCAAGGAGUACUUGGUGAUGAAGAUCAAACAGAUCCAGCGCAGUGGCCAGGAAGCCAAGGAUGCGUGGUACAGGUACUGCGAGAGCACGCGUACCGGCAACCAUGACCCAGCUCGACACACCCCGGAGUCGCUGAAGGCCUUCAUUGAGGCCUACGAGCGUGGGGAAGCUCCAGAGCAAGCUGCACAGAAGGUCGUUCAGCUCUCGCCGAUUCUGCGACUGAGAGGCGUCCCGUUCCAGGCAACUGUAGACGAUGUCGUGCAGUUUCUGACCGAGUUCGGCAUUGACCAGUCGCGCGUGAGGAUGUCGCUGCGUGAGGGUCGGCCAACGGGAGAAGCCUAUGUCCAGUUUUCCAGCGUACAGGAUGCCGAGUCUGCCUUGCAGACCAAGCAGCGCCAGGAGAUCAUUGGCCGCUACAUCGAAUUGUUCCGGUCAUGCCAAGAGGACUUCGACAAGAGCUCGGGCUCCGGCUUCUCUGCGGGAGGGAUGCAAGGAGCCUGGAGCCAAAAUGCCGUGCCCCCGCCCGUCAUGGCAUUGACAAAUGCUCCGGCGCCGGGCAGCAAGGAGGAGCUCGUGGCGGCAGUCAAAAAGAUCCAGCGGAACUAUGAAGAUGGCAAGACAAAGUGGGAGGAGUACUGUGGGGUGCUCCGCACCGGCAAUCGUGAUCCUGCGCGACACACGCCGCAAGCGCUCAAGAUGUUCCUGGAGGCGUUUGAAAAAGGCGAGAUCCCGACAGAGCCGAUCUAUGGCAAAGUCCUCCGUCUUCGUGGAGUACCCUUCCAGAGCGAGCUCUCAGACGUGGUCUCCUUUCUGGCGGAUUAUAGCAUCGACGAGAAGAGCAUUGUCAUGGGCCGUGGGGCUGAUGGCAAGAAGACGGGCGAGGCCUACGUCAUCAUGCCCUCAGUGGAGAUUGCGGAGAAGGCCCUUGAGGACAAGCAGAAGCAGGAAAUCCACGGCCGGUACAUCGAGCUCUUCAGGGCUUCGCUGGACGAUUGGGAUGAGUCCAAGGUCCACCACGAAGCGUUUAUGCGCAUGCAUGGCUACACCGCAGAUGCCAUCAAUAAGGAGGCCUUGGUUGCGGAGGUCAAGCACAUUCAGCGAUCCAGCGAGGAUGGGCGUGCCAAGUGGGAGCAGUUCUGCGAUGUUCUUCGCACCGCCAACCGCGACCCAUUGCGGCACACGUCGGACACGUUGCGUGCUUUCGCGCAGGGGUUCAAGAAUGGAGAGGACUUGAACGCGGUUGCAACCAUGUUGGGCAAAGACAGCCCGGUUGUGCGGAUGCGUGGAGUGCCCUUCCAAGCGGGGGUAGAAGACAUUCUUUCCUUCUUGAGCGACUACAGCAUCCGGGAGCACGACAUCACCUUCAUGAAGAGGCCUGAUGGCCGGCACAUGGGCGAGGCAAUUGUCGUGUUUCCCAAUGCCCAGCUCGCUCAAAAGGCUUUAGAUGAGAAGCAGCGCCAUGAGAUCCAGGGCCGCUACAUCGAGCUCUUCAGAUCGAGUCACGGCGAGCUUGAAGAGUGUCGCACGAUGACGCACAUGCCGAGCGCACCGCGGAACGCAGGAAAGGAGAGUGCAGGUGUCGUUGCCUCAGGCUGCUCGCUGUGCAUGUAUGCUCGGAUCGUUCUUGAAGUGGCGUGA